AUGGAUAUGUUCUUGUUAAAUGAGUCCGGAGUUUCAAGCUCCCUAAUCGGAUCUCCGGAGGGAGCAAAUAGGAACAGAAACAUGAGUAACCAGAGAUCAAGGGCAAAACGUAUAAAAAGAAUAUGUACAUGGAACGUGAAAACAAUGGCCCAAGCUGGAAAAAUUCAGAACGCUUUAAGAGAAAUGAAAAUACUGGACAUAGAGAUUAUGGGUGUGAGUGAGAUGAGAUGGCCCGGUUCCAGCUACUGCAGUAUAGAAAAUUACAGAACAUAUUAUUCUGGAAAGGACGAUGGAAGGCACGAACAUGGAGUAGGAUUGAUUGUCAAUAAGGAGGCUGCCAGACUUGUUACAAAUUUUGUCCCUGUAAACGAAAGAGUCAUACUUCUACAAUUGAAUGCGUCCCCAAUAAACAUUAAUAUAAUCCAGGUAUAUGCACCUACCAGCGACCACAGUGAAGACGAAGUGGAAGAGUUCUACUCUCAGAUUAAGGACCUCAUAAAAAAACUACCUAAACAAGAGAUGCUCAUCUUGAUGGGUGAUUUUAAUGCCAAGGUGGGCAAGGGAAGAGAAGGGAAACACAUUGGACCUUACGGACUUGGUGUUAGAAAUGGAAGAGGAGAAACACUAAGCGUAUUUGCAUCCGAACACGACCUGGUAAUAACAAACACUUUCUAUAAAUUACCAGACAGACGGCUGUAUACCUGGACGUCUCCCAGAGACGACGGAGAAGACCACAUCAUUAGAAAUCACAUAGAUUAUAUCUUAGUAAAUCAACGAUAUAGAAAUAGCUUUACGAGCGUAAAAACGUACCCGGGAGCUGAUAUACAGUCAGAUCACAAUCCACUUGUGGGAGAAUAUAGGACGAAAUAUAAGAUCAUACAAAGAGCAAAACAGAUAAAACAUAAUAUAAGGAAACUUAAGAAUAAUACAAUAAGGGAACAAGUAAACAAGGACAUCAAUGACAGGUGCAGACAGAUUAAGGAAGAAAUUGUUAACUCAGAAGAACAAAUAAAGUCAAUUACCGAAACAGUAAGUAAUAUUAAAGACAAGUAUCUGAAAGGGGAAGAAAUAGAGCAUAAGUCAUGGAUGACAGAAGAAAUUUUGUUACUGAUGAAAGAACGAAGGAACCAAAAGAACAAUCCUGCAGCAUAUAAAAACAUACAGAAAGAUAUACAGAGAAAAAUUCGUGAAGCCAAACAGAAAGAAUUAGAUGAAAAAUGUCGCGAAAUCGAAAAGCAGGUUUGA